UAACAAUAGAUGUCCGCCAUAUUGGUAGUGUGAGCGGAAGUUCUCUUCAUUCUGCGGUGUUUAUUGUGACGCACUUGACUUGAGAGAUCUCAUACAUGCUGCCUCUUGAUCCAUGUGAAGCCUAAGAGUUGCGUGCCACGAUCUUAGACGGAAGUUUUCAUGGUGGGCCGACAUCGAGAACAGGCGGUGAUGCUGAUGACCACUGCUUGCGAGGAAAAAUCUACGGCGAAUUUUACUCGCGAAGUUGGAGACCAGUCUUCGGCACAUGGAGAGAAGUGUGCUGGGUGCAAAGGCAGAAUUAUGGACCGAUAUCUUGUGAAGGUCAGUGGGAAGGCAUGGCAUACGGGCUGUCUUAAAUGCUGCAUGUGUGGAUUAGAGCUCGGCAAGGAGGCCACUUGCUAUACCAAGGAAGACAAGAUUUACUGCAAAACCGAUUAUGCAAGGCAGUUUGGCACUAAAUGUGCCCGAUGCGGACGAAGUAUCCACGCAAAUGACUGGGUGAGACGCGCGCGGAGCAGCGUCUACCACCUCGCGUGUUUCGCGUGCGACGCUUGCAAGCGACAACUUUCUACAGGCGAAGAGUUCGCGUUAAAAGAAGGACAUGUUCUUUGUAAAUUACAUUACAUGGAGAGUUUGGAAGUUUUCCCUCCCGAUAACUCCUCGCAAGAUGUUGCUCUUUCUUACUGCACUCAAAGUGAUGGAGGGAUUGAAGACAUGGUACAAGACGCAGACAGCGAAGAUUCACCUUCCAGCGGCGGAAUUCUAAAAUGUCAUAAAACCAAACGAGUACGAACCACAUUUACCGAGGAACAACUACAAAUCCUUCAAGCGAACUUCAACAUCGACUCUAAUCCGGACGGGCAGGACCUGGAACGAAUCGCACAGUUGACUGGGCUUAGUAAGAGAGUAACACAAGUUUGGUUUCAAAACUCGCGCGCGAGACAGAAAAAAUACGGUACACCUUUGUUCUCUUCCAGCCCGAGAACACCAAGCGCGGCCAGCUUUUGAUUCUGGUGAGAUUUUAAAGAAUUCAAAUACUCGUGCCAUCAGAAGUAAUUGCAGCAGCCAGCUAGAUGCGUUUGAAAGGGAUCAGUAGAAAUCGGACAAAAAUGAAAACACGCCCUUUCCAGAGUUUCCAGCCCUUGUCACUU